AUGAACUUUUUACCAAGUGGAAUAUGCUUUUAUCUGUCUGUAGCAACCUGCUGGCUGACGUCAAGAGUGGACUCAUCUUGGUGGUACAUGGGUACCCUUGGAUCGCAAGUGAUGUGCGACAACAUCCCAGGGUUAGUUAACAAACAGCGCCAGUUGUGCCGCCAGCAUCCGAAAGCGAUGCAGGCGAUUGGUGCUGGAAUUAAAGACUGGAUUAGUGAAUGCCAGCACCAGUUCCGCAGCCAUCGCUGGAACUGCAACACCAUGGCGCGGGACCACAACGUUUUUGGAAAGCUCCUGCUUCGAAGCAGUCGGGAGGCCGCUUUUGUGUAUGCCAUCUCCUCAGCGGGCAUGGUCCACACCCUGACCCAGGCCUGCAGUCAGGGUGAGCUGGACACCUGCUCCUGUGACCCGGGAAAAAAGGGCUUCUCCCACGAUUCCAAAGGGCCCUUUGACUGGGGAGGCUGCAGCGAUCACGUAGAUCACGCCAUCAAGUUCACGCAAUCGUUUCUCGAUGCCAAGGAGAGGAAGGAGAGAGACGUGCGGGCACUUGUGAACCUACAUAACAAUCGUGCAGGAAGGAAGGCAGUGAAGCGUUUCAUGAACCUGGAAUGUAAAUGCCAUGGCGUGAGUGGUUCAUGUAGUGUACGAACCUGCUGGCUGGCCAUGGGUGACUUCAGGCAAACGGGCGACUACCUGCGCAGGAAAUACAAUGCAGCCACCCAGGUGGUGAUGAACCGCUAUGGGACAGGCUUCACCAGUGUGUACAGGAAGUUCAAGAAGCCCAGCAAGAAUGACCUGGUUUACUUUGAGGACUCUCCAGACUACUGCAUAUGGGACCACGAGUCUGGAUCAGUGGGCACAGGCGGGCGUGCGUGCAACCGGACGUCACGCGGAGCCGACAGCUGUGAGGUGAUGUGCUGUGGGCGGGGUUACGACACGUCCCGCGUCAGCCGCGCCACCAAGUGUGAGUGCAAGUUCCACUGGUGUUGCGCCGUGCACUGCAGGGACUGCCAAGAGGAGGUGGACGUCCACACCUGCAAGACACAGUCUUGA